GGCUUUUAUCCUAGCUCUACUUCCUGCGCUUUCGCAGACACGCGCGUCGUAGGCCCGGGCCUGGGGCGGCUCUGACCUGAAGGCCCAGCUGCAUGGAGGGUCCGCCGGAGGGGAAGGUGCCCGCGGCGGCGGUGGCCGCCGUGCUGAAGCACAGCUCGGCGUUGCCGCCCGAGAGCGCCCAGGUCCGGGGCUACGACUUUAACCGCGGCGUGGAUUACCGCGCACUCCUGGAGGCCUUCGGCACUACCGGCUUCCAAGCAACCAAUUUCGGCCGUGCGGUGCAGCAAGUGAAUGCCAUGAUCGAGAAGAAGCUGGAGCCCCUGGCGCAGGACGAAGACCAGCACGCAGACCUAACUCAGAGCCGCCGCCCGCUCACUGGCUGCACCAUUUUUCUGGGCUAUACAUCCAACCUCAUCAGUUCAGGCCUGCGAGAGACCAUUCGCUACCUGGUGCAGCACAACAUGGUGGGGCCCCCACGAGGUGUGGACGUAUUGGUGACUACGGCUGGCGGUGUGGAGGAGGAUCUCAUCAAGUGCCUGGCACCCACAUACCUGGGCGAGUUUAGCCUCAGGGGGAAGGAGCUCCGGGAGAACGGGAUCAACAGGAUUGGGAACCUGCUGGUGCCCAAUGACAAUUACUGCAAGUUUGAGGACUGGCUGAUGCCCAUUCUGGAUCAGAUGGUGUUGGAGCAGAACACAGAGGGUGUGAAGUGGACACCUUCCAAGAUGAUUGCCCGGCUUGGCAAGGAGAUCAACCACCCGGAGUCGGUGUAUUACUGGGCUCAGAAGAACCACAUCCCUGUGCUGAGCCCUGCACUCACCGAUGGCUCGCUGGGUGACAUGAUCUUCUUCCAUUCCUACAAGAACCCAGGACUGGUCUUGGACAUUGUUGAAGACCUGAGGCUCAUCAACACACAGGCCAUUUUUGCCAAGCGCUCUGGGAUGAUCAUCCUGGGUGGAGGCGUGGUCAAACACCACAUCGCCAAUGCCAACCUCAUGCGGAAUGGGGCUGACUAUGCUGUCUACAUCAACACAGCACAGGAGUUUGAUGGCUCUGAUUCAGGUGCACGGCCAGAUGAGGCUGUCUCUUGGGGCAAGAUCCGGAUGGAUGCACAGCCAGUCAAGGUCUAUGCUGAUGCCUCCCUGGUCUUCCCCCUGCUCGUGGCUGAAACCUUUGCCAAGAAGGCAGACGCCUUUAUACCUGAGAAGAACGAUGACUGAGAAGAAAGAACAAGGCCUGUGGAGGCUUGCCCGCCCCUGUAUUUAUUAAUCGAUGCAGCAACCCUUGGUCAUCACCAUCUCUGGAAUAAAUGGGCUGCUGGUCCUAAGUC